AUGGUGCUUAGCUCUGUAGACUGGUUUGGUUUGUUGGGCGCGCGCUCCGAGGAACUAUUUGAAAGAAAAAUGGCGGAAAAGCAUUUGGAAGAUGGAAAAGACAGUUGCGGAAGCGUCGCCGAAAGUAAUGACCAGAACGAGGUCCACUCACUGAAACAGACACCUAAACGACGCUCUUCCACAAGCCCCGGCGCAGCUCCCCCACAAAAGUCUCCCCGUACCGACUGCAUAUCACCCACGACACAGACAUCAGAUGGAGAUGAGGGACAGUCAGAGACCGAAAAAAAAGAAAUGCAGACAGAAAACACGGAGGAUCCUGCGGGUCCCUCUGUCAGCCCCACUGCACGGAGGAAAUCCUGGAGAAGAGCCACCAUAACCCGACGCUCUCUCCCUGCCCUUCCCAAUCCAUAUCAGGCUCUGUGCAGAAGCAUAAGUACAUCCUUAUCACAGCAAGAGAGGCUCGAGAAAUUGAUGGAGUCUUCAAUGAAGCUGGCAAUCGAAAGAACUCAGAAUUUGCUGCAGUCCAUGCCAAACACAUCACUGGAGACUUUUCAAAAACAAGUUAAACACAUCCAGAAAAAGUGGGGUUGCCUUGCAAAAAGCAUACACACUGAACCAGAUCAACUCCCUCCCACUGAAGCCAGUAAGCCUGCAAUGCAAAGAGCCAUGGAGAAAGUCCAGAGAGCCAUCAACAGGCUGCAGGAUGAAAGUGAAUCUUGGGAAGCACUUUUGAACAAACACCGGAGCAAAGCAGAGGAAUUGGAAAGGAAGGUGGAGCAUGGCCAGAAGACAGGCGUAUCUCUGGACUCUGCAUCUGUAGCCCAGUCCUCACAGUACCUUGUCAUACAGAGUAAACCGGACUAUCAUGUUGUCCUCUGUAGACAGCAACCCAAGCUUCAGACUAUGGGAAUGAUUAUGGACACUCAGUGUAAGAUGGUUAGAGAGCUUCUCUCCAUCAAGGAGCAGUCACAGUUAUUGGUGAAAGAGACCAGUGGCCGAUUGGCGGCUGAAGCAGGAUUUCAGGAUCUUUCAUCUGACCUCCUCAGGAAUCUCAUGGCAGCACCUUUAUCCACUGCAACGACUUAGUCAGUCUAUGGGAAUGCAAGCAAAGGCAGCCUAUCCUCUAACUGACCAUGGCUCUGUAUGACAUGUAGAUCUGUCUUUUUGUUAAUUUCACUGUUUUGAUUUGGUUGCAUGUGAUUUCCUUGCUCUGCCUUUGCUGUCUUGUUUUAUCAAUGAGCAAACUAAUUUGAUGUUUUCUGUGUCAAAACAAUUUCAGUCAGCAGCAGCAAUGUUAAAAGAUGUAGUUCAAGUAAUGCGUGUGUUUGACCAGCAGGUGGCAGUAGCUGGCUACACAAAGCUGUAACAAGCUCAGUAAAUGGCAAGAGAGGAUUUUUCUGUUAAGUCUUAAUUAAGUGCAAUCUCACCUGCAAAACCCGAAACUGCUCAGACUGCCAAUUGUUAAGAACCAGAGGAUGUUUUUGAAACUUUGCCAAAAUCUUGCAAAAUAAGAUUAUUGGUUGGUCCUCGUAAAAUAAACUGAAAAAGCAAUAUUCCACCUUGAAGUUAUAACCUGUCUGAGGUGAUUUGUAUCAGAAAUCAACACUCUUUUGUCUUUAUAAAAUGAAAAGUCAUGGUAUGUAUUUGAAGUGACAUUUUAAGUGCUGUGACUGCUAUUUCAUAAAUAUUCUCAAAACUGAUUAAGAAAAAAAGUAGAAGAACCCUGGAUGCACUAUUAAGAAUGAGCAAAACAAGAGUUUUAACAGAGAUGGAUUCUCAUUAGGAUUUUGCCUACAGUUUUUUUGUGUAUGUACAGUCCUUUUUAUCCGCUCAUCCUCAGUCACAUUUACUCUCCUUUUGGUGCCGCAUCUAUUUCACUUCAUCAGUGUCCCCUGACCAUUCAGGAGGAGGCCCCUCCCCCACCGUGACUCACCCCCAUCUCUUGCGUUUGGCUUGGUCACUGAUGCAGAACGAAGCUUUGACAUUGUACCAGUCAGUCAAAGCUUUGUUCGCGAUCACUCCUAUCUCUUGGACCCCUUUGCUCAUUAAUGUUCAUACUUAAUUUGGUUCUCUGAAGAACAUAGCAAGGAGAAUCCCAUUUUCCAGCAAUAUACUGUGCAUUAUAUGAGGCAGGUGGUUUUAAUGUUGUGGCAGAUCAAUAUAUAUCAGUAAAUGACUUUCUCUGCUCUGCAGUUAUGAUCUCCAACAUGUAGUAUGGUGAUUUUUCCUUGUGAUUGUAUUCAGGAGAGUGACUAGAGAGCAUAGGGACAAGCAAAGAGAAGACAAGCGGGGUUGUGACCGUGAGAGUUGUGAGUAAGGGAGGAUGGUGCACAGCAGGAGAGAUCGAUUCUUAUUUAGAUGAAAAUGAGGCUUGAUGCUUGUGGGGUGAGAGGAGGGCAGCUUUAGCAUCCAAAUGAAUAGAAGUUUCACAGAAAUGAUCUUUAAAUGAAUCACCAACAAUAAAACAAAAAGUUUACAAAGCCA